GUUGGCGGCAAGGUUGUUGGUUUUGCCGUUGAUUUAGCAGACAAAGCGCAUCGAAGCGAACUCAUUUCUCGAGUUGUCAGCGAGAUGGGCAUGUUGGAUUCGUUGAUUGUCGUUCCUCCUGAUAAUGACGUCCAUGGCGAUAUAAUCGAUGCUGAAGUCAAUCAAUUUAAUAAGUUGUUUCGUGAUCGUCUUACUCUUCCUUUCCGACUCACUCAAGCUGCACUUCCUACUUUGCAACAUUCGAAGUAUGUUAACAGAAUCAUAGAGCACUGUCCUUCAGAUAUCAAACUUUUACAACAUUUUAAACUGCUUUUGAUGUACAAUAUUUCUUGGAAUGCCUCUGUUGUGUACUUCACGUCGUGUGCUGGGUACACGCCAGGAAUUGACAUGGGACUAUUCUCAGUGGCAUCAGUUGCUGUGCUCUCACUCACAAAAUCCGUGGCCAUUAGCGCUGCCCGUCGUGGUGUGCGAGUAAAUUCGGUAUGCCUUGGAAUGGUAGAAGGUGAUGGAUCUGGUGGUCUGUGGAAUUUGAAAGAUUCGAGAGAGGCUCAAAACCACCUAGAGUCAAUGAUACCACUAGGACGACUUGGAAGGCCAUCUGAUGCAGCACAUCUCGUACAAUUCCUUAUAUCUGACAGGGCAAGAUAUAUCACAGAGCACGAUUUAGUUAUUUUACUGAAAGGAGCGGUGCAAUCGUUUAUUGCCCCGGAUGUACCAGGUACUUAUCGACAGUGCAGCCAUUUUAGAUAUAUCACAGGUGUUACUGUGCCGCAUUGUUACUAUCUUAUACAUGCUCCGAAAGGUAAAGCUGAUAUUCAUUCUAUUUUGUUCAUGGAUAAAAGGACUGCUCGCGAAGAACUGUGGGAAGGAACACUUCCGAACGAGUUCGUACUCGAGGCGACUGCCGGAUUCAGUGAUUUGCUGCCUACUAAGAAGAUCUACGAGGUGGUGGUGUCGACGAUUGCGGGAUGUCGAGGGUUUGAGAACGAAUCGGCUAUCGUGGGGUUACUGGAGUUUGAAGCUCGAAGGCGAGGUGUCAAAAUGCUUGCUUAUCCUCCUGUUAUUGCUGCUGGUGAGCGGGCCAACACGAUACACUAUCUAGACGCUAAUCAGCCGAUUGGGAAAACCGACUGUGUAUUGAUGGAUGCCGGAUGCGAUUUUAAUGGUUAUGUCUCUGACAUUACCAGGUGUUAUCCGAUUUCCGGAAACUUUAGUUCUGCUCAACGUAUACUAUAUGAUGCCCUCCUUCAUAUUCGUCUAAGCAAUUUAUAUAGCCGAAUGGUCGACCUCAUUGCUAGCGUUAUUCUCGAAAUUGGUCUUGUACCCCAGUCAACAGCAAGAACUCAACUCAUUAGUAUUGCUGAAUCGUUAUGUCCACACCACGUAAGUCACUAUCUCGGUAUGGACGUUCAUGACUGUGUAACGAUUUCUCGUGAUAUCGACAUCCCACAUGGAACAGUGUUUACUAUUGAACCAGGUCGUGCAAAUAUGAUUUUCGAUUUACAAGGUUUAUACAUUCCUGUCAAUUCACAAUUCCCAAAGGAAUUUCGCGGUAUAGGACUGAGAAUUGAGGAUGACAUAUUGAACUCUACAGAGGGAAUAGAAGUAUUAUCAGGUGAUGUUCCACGUACUGCCGAUGACAUAGAAUAUCUCAUGAGAUCUCAGUAA